GUAGACUUCAUUGGGCUUGGAGGUCUAGUGGGAACAGCUAACUAGUGCUGGGUUCUCACUAGCGUUGAGUUAGACUUGCUGAGUGACUCUUGGUGUGUUCCUGUUGGGUGAACGGCCCAAAAGGCUUGGAUUGAAAGGACCUUCCAAAAACGAGAAUGUAUUCAAAUCAUUCCCAGCAAAGAGCCGAACAGGUGCAGCUGUGGUCAGAUGGUGAACCAGCAUAUAGCCAUUCUACCUGGAGCCACCAACAAGGCCUCAGAAGAAGGCCACCAGCAGGUGGAGGUCCCUCAUGAGCGAUGGUCGGUCCUCAAACACUCACUGGCUACCCCAACAGAUGCCUAUGGCAUCAUUGAGUUUCAGGGGGGAGGCCACGCCAACAAGGCCAUGUACAUUCGUGUGGCCUAUGACUCCAAACCAGACAACUUGCUUCAUCUGAUGGUGAAAGACUGGCAAUUAGAGCUUCCCACGCUUCUCAUCUCUGUCCACGGGGGCCUCCAGAACUUUGACUUGCAGCCCAAACUGAAGCAAGUGUUUGGAAAAGGCUUGAUUAAGGCUGCAGUUACCACAGGAGCUUGGAUCUUUACUGGUGGAGUCAGCACCGGAGUGAUCCGCCAUGUUGGAGAUGCUUUGAAAGACCACUCUUCAAAGUCCAGAGGGAAGGUCUGUGCCAUUGGGAUCGCACCUUGGGGCAUUGUGGAGAACAAGGAGGAUCUCAUUGGCAGAGAUGUAACCAGGCCAUACCAAACCAUGUCCAACCCUCUCAGCAAGCUAUCAGUCCUGAACAGCAGUCAUUCACACUUCAUACUGGCAGACAACGGGACAUGUGGAAAGUAUGGAGCCGAGGUCAGGCUUCGUCGACAAUUGGAGAAACACAUAUCUCUGCAGAAGAUCAACACACGUCUGGGUCAAGGGGUCCCUUUGGUGUGUCUGAUUCUGGAAGGGGGACCCAAUGUGAUUGCAAUUGUGCUGGAGAGCUUGAGGGAGGACCCUCCGGUUCCAGUGGUUGUGUGUGACGGAAGUGGAAGGGCGUCUGACAUCAUUUCUUUUGCCCACAGAUACUCAGAGGAGGAUGGGUUGGUGAGUGAUAACGUGAAAGACCAGCUUCUGGUGACCAUCCAGAAGACCUUUAACUAUAACCGCAGCCAAGCCCAACAAAUCUUCCUCAUGGUCAUGGAGUGUAUGAAGAAAAGAGAACUGGUGAGUCUGUGACUGCAUUCAAAUGACUAGUGGUCAUUUUUGGAAAGUUGAACAGCACUUUUUAAGAAUGUAAUCUUACUAAUGAUUUCAACAAAUAUUUCAAUGGAAAUUGAUAGACUAUUUAAGGUCAAUAAAUGUUUUGUUUUAUGUGUCUACGGUCAAUAAAACAACCAUUCA